AUGCUUGUUGUUUUGAUUUCUGGUUUCAUGGUCAUUCGAACCAUUAAGAAAUCCUUAGAAAAGAAUAACAAAUCAAAGAAUGACAAGCUGGAGAACCCAUUCAUUGUCAUAGUGUCCCUAAUGAUUGGUUUAGUAUUGUGCAUUUUCCUUCAAAUCUUUGCAGGGGUAUUGGCUGGUGUUUUGCUUAGUACGGAGCUAAAACACUUAAAGUUUCUGUGGCACUUUUUUAAUGGAUUGGGAAUAAUUGUAUUUGCCAUAUUGAAUUUGUGUUUAUUCUAUCCAUUAUUUGUACAAACACAAAUGGUGUUUGAGGAAUUACAUAUUGAUGAUGUCAAGUCAACUGUAUCAAGUCAAGUACAAUCUUGA